AUGCUGCCCUCACCCCGAUGGAGUAUCUUUCUUGCUAUGGCCCAAGCACUGGCCCAUCCACCAUCAUACCCAGGAUCUGAUGGACUCACCAUACCAACCACGGCCGGACCAGUGACUGGCUUCGUGAAUGAUACCGCUCCUCAAGUUCGACAAUGGCUCGGGAUACCAUACGCACAGCCACCUGUCGGAGACCUUCGUUUCGCACCACCUCAGAAGACCUCGUUCUCCUCUCAUCCGAUCAAUGCCACAGCUUUUGCACCUUCAUGCAUGCAACAAUACAGCAACGGCAGCACGAUCUACACCGAAGUCCUCAACGAAUUCCUGAUCAAUGGCGGCGACUCAGAGGACUGUCUCUACCUGAAUGUCUGGGCCCCAGCAGCCACUGGCACCGGCAAAGGCACCUGGCCCGUGUUUGUCUACGCCCCUGGUGGCGGGUUCACAAGCGGCGGAGCGAAUUCCCUCUACAAGAUCCCGGACAAAUGGGUCCAGCGCACCCAGAACCACGUUGUAGUCAUAAUGAACUAUCGCGUCAACGUCUUUGGCUUCCCUAAUGCUGCGGGCUUAGGGACACAGAACGUGGGCCUCUUAGAUCAACGCGCCGUUAUCGAGUGGACGAGGGACAAUAUUGCUGCGUUCGGUGGCGAUCGGGAGAACAUAAUCUUCUGGGGCCAGUCCGCCGGCGGAGCCUCAGUCUCCCUAUACACUUAUGGCUACCCCCAGGAUCCCAUCGUCAAGGGCAUAUCUGCCGAUUCUGGCUCUCCCAGUAUCGCGGGAAGCGCAGAUUACGCCAAAAGCAAUUUCACUUUCCUCGCCGGACUUGUAGGAUGCGGCAGUCUGACUUCAACAGCAGAGUUGAACUGUAUGCGCCACAACAUCACCGCUCGGGCGCUCGAGAACGUGUUGUCGCUAUACCAGAUUAGUCAACGCAAGCCAAGCAUUUCCUUUGGGCCAGUGCCGGAUGAGAAGACAGUGUUUAAGAACUACACGGAAAGGGCGAUUAAUGGGCAGAUUGCGAAGAUUCCCGCAAUAUUCGGCUCCAACGCAAACGAAGGGGCAGGCUUCGUGCCCUACACGCCUGGUGGCCCAGGGUCAAGCGCCCUCCUUAAUAUCACCAAUAGUGUAAUCGCCUGUCCAAGUGCGGCAGAGGUACAACGACGCGAAAUUGUGGGCUUGACGACCUACCGUUACCAAUACUCCGGCGUAUUCAACAACACCUCUCCUGUCGGAUGGUUUGGGGCGUAUCAUAGCUCUGAACUGCCACUCCUCUUUGGUACGCACUACGAGUACCGCGGGAACAGCACACCCUACGAGUACGAAGUCAGUCAUUUUACGGAAGCUCUAUGGCUAUCAUUCGCGACCAACUCCAGCGCAAACCCGACCGCUACAUUACCAAAUGGUGAGAUAUUCUCCUGGCCGGCAACUACGACGAAAGAUCAGGUAUUGAUCGAGAUCGCGAAUGGGACGAGUCUUGUCUCGGUAGAGAGCGCGGAUAUUAUUGACCAGUAUUGCUCUUGA